AUGUCAACAACAGAGAACACAACAACUGCUAUCGUUCAUGAAGCCAUAAAUGAAGAAUACGAGUGGGUUCAGUUUAACAAACAACUCCGUCUCAUUCGUUCGGUCAAAGACGAUAUGUACCAAAUGCAAAGUAUUUUGACAGCAUGUUUUGCUCCAGACACUAAACACGCAGACGACUGGUUCAAAAACCAAAGCACACAAGAACUUUUGAGUGAAAUUUCUCUAGACCGACUUUUUUCGGUCUUGCAUAAAACACAUGAAAAUCGUAAAAAUUUGCCAAUAAAUUUAAGAGGUUAUUAUGUUCAUAGACUUUUAGUAAAUGCAGUUGCAAUGUGGGCUUCUCCUCGUUAUGCAUGGCAUGUUUACAGACUUCUUGACGAAAUUCAUAGACAAGAACGUGGAGAGAUGGAAAAGAAACUUCAAGCAAAAGAUGA